AUGUCUGCCCCCGUCAAAGGGGUCGUCCGUCUCCGCGUCUUGGCCGGCAAAGCGAGUCCGUCGCCUGCCAUUGGCCAAGCGCUGGGCCCUCUCGGUGUCAAUAUGAUGGAGUUCUGCAAAGCGUUCAACGAGCGGUCGGCCACUCUAACGGAGAACAUCCCCGUGCCAGUGGUGCUCACGGCGUUCACGGACCGCACGUUCACGUUCACGACCAAGACGCCGCCCACGUCGUGGUUCCUGAAGAAAGCUGCCGGGAUCUCGUCCGGGGCCGCGACGCCCGGCCAGCAGGUCGUGGGCUCGGUGCACCUCCGCCAGAUCUACGAGAUCGCCAAAGUCAAGCAGCAGGACGAGAUGGUCGACUACAUUGACCUGCCGUCCAUCUGCAAGACCAUCAUUGGCUCGGCCAAGUCCAUGGGCCUCGAUGUCGUGCCGUAG